AUGGUUCGUGGUCUUGACAUAGAAGUACUUCCUUUUCAUGAUCGGCUUGCUGUUUCUCGACCAAGAAACCCACCUAAAGUUGAAUUUGAUCAUGGAUCAACUGAGUUCAAAAAGACUUCAAUUAAUCCCGAUACUACCCCAAUGGUCCCUUCAUCUUCACUUGAAACAUUGACUGUCAAUUACCCGGUUGAGUUUAUAAACAAGCUUAAAGUUAUGGUAAAUAAUAACUCGAACCAAAGAUACAGCACUUUUGCGUGUUUGCUUUCGCAUGUAUGGAAGAAGGUAACUCAAGUUAGAGGACUUGGCUUAGAAGAGUCAAGUCACGUGAGAGUAGCAGGGAAUGGAAGAACACGAAUAUCUGAACCAGCAGUACCCAAGGAGUAUUUUGGUAACUUGGUACUUGGGGCUUUUCCAAGAUUGAAGGUGAAGGAACUAUUAAAUGAGAGUCAUGCAUAUGUCGCCCAAGCGAUCCGUCACGAAGUUAAUUCUGUCAAUGAUAGGUACUUCAAAUCAUUUAUCGAUUUUGGAGCAGGAUCAAGGUGA